AUUUCUUUCUACUGGUCUCUACUUCGACUCCCUAACACAAAUCAGAUCAAAGCUCGUGACUUUAGGAUUUUCAGGUAUGGCUUCAUCUGAUAAGCCUGAAGUAGUUGAAAGGGAUGUUAAGGAUAAAGAGCAGAAGGAGGAUAAAGAGCACAAAGAGGAUGACAAAGAAGAUGGGAAGGGUGGAUUUAUUGAGAAGGUGAAGGAUUUCAUUCAUGACAUUGGUGAGAAGAUUGAGGAAGCUAUUGGGUUUGGGAAACCAACUGCUGAUGUAACUGGGAUCCAUAUUCCUUCCAUUAAUCUUGAGAAAGCAGAGAUUGUUGUUGAUGUUCUGAUAAAGAACCCAAAUCCUGUGCCGAUUCCUCUGAUUGAUAUUAACUACUUGAUUGAGAGUGAUGGAAGGAAACUGAUCUCGGGUUUGAUUCCUGAUGCUGGAACCAUUCAUGCUCAUGGGGAGGAGACUGUAAAAAUACCAGUUACUUUGAUAUAUGAUGACAUCAAGAAUACAUAUGAUGAUAUUAAGCCUGGGAGCAUCAUUCCUUAUAGGAUCAAGGUUGAUCUCAUUGUUGAUGUUCCUGUUUUUGGGAGGUUAACUUUACCUCUUGAGAAAACUGGAGAAAUCCCUGUUCCUUAUAAGCCUGAUAUUGAUGUAGAGAAGAUACACUUCCAGAGAUUCUCUUUGGAAGAAACUGUUGCAGUUCUUCAUCUGAAACUGGAGAAUAAGAACGACUUUGACUUGGGACUCAAUGGGCUUGACUAUGAGGUCUGGCUAUCUGAAGUAAGCAUUGGCGAAGCAGAACUUGAAAAAUCCACAAAAAUUGACAAAAAUGGAAUCAGUCGUAUUGAGAUUCCUAUCACUUUCAGGCCUAAGGACUUUGGCUCUGCACUUUGGGACAUGAUUAGAGGAAAAGGAACGGGUUACUCCAUGAAGGGCAAUAUCAAUGUAGACACACCUUUUGGAGCAAUGAAAUUACCCAUCAGCAAGGAGGGUGGUACAACCCGCCUCAAGAAGAACAAAGAAGAUGGUGGUGAUGACGAUGACGAUGACGAUGAUGAGGAUUAAAGCAAGCCCUCAGGUGGUAUCAUGAAGUAGCUGCUGUUUCAUUGUUGAUAAACGGUUGCAUAAAAAAAUUGGUAGAGCUGAUUAAAAUAAGAGUGAUAGAGACUUGGAUUCAGGGUUCCUGCUUUUGAUGGUAGCAGGCAAACAGCUUUGGAGGAAUUCUAUUCUACAAACUAUAUUUAUUCAUGUAUUGCAUAGGUUAUUGUGAUCAAUGUGUGACAGUGUGUGGCUACUUUUGUUGCAAACCUUGUUAACCGGCGCCUGAAUUUUCCGUGAUUUACUCUGCUUUCUUUUAGUGUGGUAUGUCAAUGCUUCACUUGUGCCUCUAAGGCACUUAUUCUAUAUAGUUUUCAGUUGUUUCUACCUUCUUCUUUUUUUUUUUUUUUGGGUCCUCUGAUGCGUUCAUGGCUUGUAUAAAUCCUUACAUAUUUAUCUGCUUCAAAAUGAUGAACAGUAUGCCUUUCAGUAAUAGUAUAAUCUUUGUGAUUUGAUUAUUGUGGAAAAACGUUGAUUGCUGAACAAAUAUGGAGAGGCCUUAUUGGUUAACCUUCCUGGCUGUUAACUGUGCAUGUCUGUAGUCUGUACUUGAAAAUUGAUUAACUGGCCCAGAAAGAAAGAACUAGGGGAAGC